AUAUCAGCAAACUUACUUGUUUUUAUUUGUAUAUCAAUUUAUUAUCAUUUUUAGCUUGUGUUUUGAUGAUGCUUGAGUGAUAUCAAUGAAAACCACGAAGACGAAAUUUUUAUCAGUUUAUCUUCCCUGCCGACCAUAAAAUUAUAGAUUUUAUAUUUAGAUAACAGCAGUGAAUUGUACUUGUAUUAUAAACUUGCUUUAACAUAGCAUUACAAAGUUAUAUUCAGUAAGAAAACCUACUUAUAAUUUAAUAAUGCCAUCAAUAUCUGGGAAAUAUCAACAUUUUAAAAAUGAAAAUAUUGAUGAUUACUUUGCAGCAGUUGGAGUUCCUUACAUGGGACGUAAAAUGAUGUCAAUGUCAUCACCUCUGAUGGAAAUAACUUUAGAUGGUGAUAUAAUGACAAUAAAAAACACUUCAUUACUUCGUAAUGUGGAACAUUCAUUUAAACUUGGCGAAGAGUAUGAGGAACACAUGCCUAAUACAACAAUCAAAAGUAAAACUAUCAUAAAAAGUGACACAGAAAUGGUGACUGAGUCAGUGAUACCAGAUACAGGGGCCAAAUGUGGCCGUCAUUACGCUUUCUCAGAUGAAGGCUGCGUUAUCACGCUGACACAUGAAAAAGCAGCCCAACCAGGAAAGAGAUACUAUAACAGAGUUAAAUAAGCUUUGGAGUUAUAGAAAUGACUCUUGGGAUGUGUCAUAUGUGAACAAUUACUUUAAUAAUACCUACAUACCAUUCUUUAUUUCCAUUUACAUAUUUAGUUAAUGUAUUGUUAUAUAUUUUUUCAUUAAUUAUUUAAUUUUAUUUGUAAGAAGACUGAUGCAUGUAUAUCAAUAUGAACAUUGUUAUAAUUUUUUAGAUACUUAUUAUAUUAAAUACUUAAAUAUUUUGUACCAAAAAUUAAAUUUAUUUAUUUUA